CGGUAACAACAAUAGAUAUAAUUAUAAUGAUGGAAAAGGUAAGUGUGGUAGCAGUUGAUAGUAAUAGUCAGCAACUGUGAUUGUGAUGACACAUAUGAUUGGUUGUAGACAAAGGUAAUAGUGGUUGACAAUGAUGAUGACGACAUAGGUGGUUAGUAGUAGACUAGUAGUGGCUGGUGAUUGUGGAUAAAGUAAUGGCUAUAUAUACAACCAAAUUAGCGGGUCCUUUCCUCUCAUCAUUCUCACAGAAAACACUACAGACAUACAAAGCACAAUAAUGAAUCAAUAAAUCAAAUAAUGGAGUACGUAACUACCAACUCAUGAUAAUUCAACUUUUGUCUGUUCUUCAAACCAAGCUUGUUUUCUCCAUUUGCACAUAUGCCAACUCCAGCACAUUUUCAGAUUCUUCUCAAUGUCUCAAAAUUCCCCAAAAAACGUUGCCGUUAUCGGUGCUGGUCCUGCGGGACUCGUUGCAGCCCGAGAACUCAAACGCGAAGGGCACAUUGUAGUUGUAUUCGAGCGAGAAAAUCAGCUAGGAGGCACAUGGAUUUACACUCCACACACUGAUUCCGACCCAAUUGGGAUCGACCCGAAUCGGAGAAUUGUUCAUUCAAGUCUUUAUUCAUCACUUCGGGUAAACCUUCCACGUGAAGUAAUGGGUUUCCGUGACUACCCUUUCGUGGCCACGAAAAAACCCAAUAGAGACCCGAGACGGUAUCCGGGUCAUAGGGAAGUGUUGGACUAUUUGAAUGAUUUUGCGUCUGAUUUUGGGCUUAUUGAACUGGUGAGGUUUGGAACUGAAGUUGGAUAUGUGGGAUUGUUGGAGAAUGGAAAAUGGAAGGUUAGUUCAAGAAAAAGUGAGAAUGAUGAUCAUGUUGUGUUUGUUAAUGAGGAGUAUGAUGCUGUAGUAAUCUGUAAUGGACGCUUUACUGAACCGCAAAUAGCUGAUAUUCCUGGAAUUGAAGUAUGGCCAGGAAAGCAAAUCCACAGCCACAAUUACCGGGUUCCAGAGCCUUUUCGAGAUCAAGUCAUUGUGGUCAUAGGGGCUGCCACAAGUGCUUCUGAUAUCUCCAGAGAAAUUGCUGAAGUUGCUAAAGAGGUCCACAUUUCUUCUAGAUCAGCUCUAAGUGGGACUCCCAAAAAGGUGCAUGGAUAUGAAAAUCUUUGGCUCCACUCUAUGAUUGAAGCUGUUGGUAUAGAUGGUGGAGUCAAUUUUCAUGAUGGAUCCAAAGUCCAUGCUGAUAUCAUUAUAUAUUGCACAGGGUACAAGUAUCAUUUCCCUUUCCUUGAAACUAAUGGGAUAGUGACAGUGGAUGACAACCGUGUUGGGCCACUUUACAAGCACAUUUUCCCACCAGCCUUUGCUCCUAGUCUUUCAUUUGUUGGGAUGCCAUGGAAGCUUAUACCAUUCCCCCGUUGUGAAUUACAAAGCAAGUGGAUUGCUGGUGUUUUAUCUGGUCGAAUUUCUCUCUUGUCAAAGGAAGAUAUGAUUGCUGAUAUUGAUGCAUUCUACUCAUCCUUGGACGCCUCUUGCAUUCCAAAACGGUACACUCACAAUAUGGAUUUUCAGUUAGACUAUGAAGAUUGGUUGGCUGCUGAGUGUGGAUCUCCACCUCCUGAAAAAUGGAGAAAGGAAAUGUUUUUUAUCGCUAGGGAGAAGAUAAAGACUCAGACGGAGAGAUAUCGUGAUCAGUGGGAUGACGAUGACUUGAUCAUUCAAGCUCAUCAAGACUUCGUACAAUUUAUUCCUGAACUACCUCAAGUACAAAAGCUAUCGACAUGAUUCUUAUGGUAAAUCUGGCAUGUAUUAUUCCUGAAUUUGGUUAUUUCUGUUGUUACAUGAAGUGUAUACUUGAAUAAUUUUUUGGAAUAAUAACAAUAACAACCUCCGGAAAUUCUUCCUUUG